AUGCGUAAAACGCGUUCUGCAAUCCCUGAACUUCAGGCGGUCUGGAGAGAGCAUUCAAAAAGUGGAGGGUGCGGACAGUUUCCUCACCGACGUCACGGCACCACGAGUUUUUCAAAACAGGUCGCUUCCAUGGCCAGCGAGAGUCGUCCUGUUGAGAUUGCUAUGCGAUCCAGAAUUGCUCGAACUGCAUCAGAUCAAGAUCGACGGAAAGAUCAACAAUCUUACAAAGAUAUCGUUAUAAUAGAGCGGAAAGUGAAGGCUGGUGAUACGCUCAAUAAAAUCGCAAUUCAGUAUUCUGUAAACGUAUCCGACAUCAAACGAGUCAAUAAUCUUGUCAAUGAUCAAGAUUUUGUAGCUUUAACAGUCGUCAAAAUCCCUGUGAGUAGGAUGAGACAUGCUCUAGGAGUGCCCACUUCUUCCGAAGACGAGGAACACAUUAUCGAUUUCGACGAUCGCACGCGUUUGUUAGGUGCAGAUCACUCCAGGGAUCCUAGUGUUGAAGAGAUUUUUAACAAGACGGACUCUGCAAUAGCGCAAGUCAAGGAGACCCUUCCUGAGGAUCGUAUCCCUGGAUCUUUUCAUUUUGUCGACGCUCGUCCUCCUGAUUCUUCUAUUUGGACUGUAUUUCUUAUUAUUGGUGCAGUGGUAAUCAUAUUCAUGAUAGUUCCACUUGUUUUGACGUAUUAUGAGGUUGAACACGAAGAUCAUACAUAAGGUGUCGUUAGUUGUUAAUCAUGAAAUAUAGCAAUGUAAUGUAUGAAAAUAUCCUUUGUUUCCUUUUCUUUCACUAUUUAUGCUGGUUAGGAGCCAUCCUCAAAUCACUGUGGGUUUUGAUCGUGGUAUAACUUUAUUAUGUGAUCAAGCUAAAUGUCCUUUUUUUCUAGAAGCAUAUUAACACCACAUUUUCCAUGGUGUCGGUGCUCUGUGAUAAGCUGAUGUUGUAUCUAUUUACUUUUUCCUUGGUAUUAACCAUAUGUUAUGAAUCCCCAAACUUUGCACCAUGUCUCUUAACACUUGGAAUGUCGUCACGUGUUUGCAGCU